AUGGGUGUCGGACGUCGUAUGAAGAAGCAGGGCGCUCCUGAGCCGCUGUCAGAAGAACAUUUUGCCAAUCUCAAGCGGAAAAAGGGACUCCCCGUCGACGACGCCCCGGUCGAAGCUCGCUCCAACAAGAAGCGCCGUACGUCGUCCAAAGCGCAAAAGCCUGUCAAGAAUGGAGAUGCCUCGAAGGCGGUGGGGAAAGAGUCCAAUGGCACCGAGAAGGCCGCAGGUGCAUUGGGAAAUGGUAUAAAAGUUGUGAAAGGGAAGCCGAAGAAUCUUGCGACACUAGCAUCUGAUUCGGACGAGGAAAUGGCCGAUGAAUUCGACGCUUCUGACCUCGAGGUUGCUAGCGGCUCCGAAGGGGAGGAGGCACUUGGCGAUGAUUUCAUGGGCUCUGACUCCGACAACUCGGUCUACGACUCUGACGAAGGCAAUACCAAGAAAGAGAAGUUCGUUUUCUCAGACGACGAGGAUGACGACGACGACCGGGAGGAGAGGUUGACCGCUGCCAACAUCGAAGGCCUUUCGAAGAAGCUUGACCAGCAGCUUACACGGGAGGCCGAAGAAAACGAGGCGGAACUGCGUCAGGAAGCCCUCCAGACCAACAUUGACGGGGACAAGCCAAAUGUUCUAGACGACGAGGAUGACGAUGAUGAACUGGCGGCAAAGACGAAGGGCCUUUUGGCGCCUGACCUCCAGAUGUUGAGAACCAGGAUAACGGAGACAAUUCGGGUGCUUGAGGAUGUCGCCAAUCUGGCCGAGGAUGGGCGGAGCCGGGCGGAGUACACCAACCAGUUACUAAAGGACGUUUGUGCCUAUUACGGAUACAACGAGAACCUUUUUCCACCAAGAGAGGCAUUUGCCUUUUUUGAAGCCAACGAGACGGCGCGCCCUGUUGUCAUCCGUACGAACACUCUCCGGACACAUCGUCGGGAUCUUGCGCAAGCCCUCAUCAACCGUGGUGUCACCUUGGAGCCAGUUGGCAAAUGGUCCAAAGUCGGUCUCCAAGUAUUCGAGUCCACUGUGCCAUUAGGUGCAACUCCGGAAUAUCUCGCCGGACAUUACAUUCUGCAGGCCGCCUCUUCGUUUCUUCCCGUGAUGGCGCUGUGCCCCCAGGAGAAUGAACGGUGUCUUGAUAUGGCCUCUGCUCCCGGUGGUAAAACAACGCACAUGGCAGCCUUGAUGAAGAACACGGGCGUCAUCUUCGCGAACGAUCCUAGCAAGUCUCGUGCUAAGGGUUUGAUCGGAAACAUUCAUCGCCUUGGUGCUAGGAACGUGAUCGUUUGUAACUACGAUGCCCGCGAGUUUCCUCGGGUGAUGGGUGGCUUCGAUAGGGUGCUGUUGGAUGCGCCUUGCUCUGGUACCGGCGUUAUUGCCAAGGACCCCUCUGUCAAAACCAACAGGGAUGAAAAGGACUUCAUUCAGUUGCCCCAUCUACAGAAACAGCUUCUUCUAGCUGCUAUCGACUCCGUAAACCACGCGAGCAAGACAGGUGGCUAUGUUGUCUACUCGACGUGUAGUGUGGCCAUCGAAGAGAACGAACAAGUUGUGGCGUAUGCACUCAAACGGCGGCCGAAUGUCAGGCUUGUCGAGACCGGUUUGCCUUUCGGCAAGGAAGGAUUUACCAGCUACAUGGGCAAGGCGUUCCACCCGAGUCUCAAAUUGACCCGCAGGUACUACCCCCACUUGUACAACGUCGACGGGUUUUUCGUCGCCAAGUUCCAGAAGGUCGGCGCCACGCCGGCCAACGCCGUCCUUGCCAACGGCAAGAAGGACAAGGAUGCCGCGGCUGUCAAGGCCGCUGCAGAGGACGGUGACGACGAGGUCAUCGAUAAGACCCCCAUCGCUUCGGAGACUGAGAAGGAGGAUAACGAUGACUUUGGCGGGUUUGAUGACGAAGAGGAUGAGAAACAUAUUGAGCGGGCCAGGCGUAACGCUAUGAGGAGACGUGGUCUCGACCCGAAGGCUUUGAAGAAGGGGCAGGAGAAGGGUGCGGCUAAGGAUGGGGAGACCUCGAAGGCGGAUGUCAAGGAGAAACCCAAGGAUGCACCCAAGCAAAAGACAAAGGUGAAGUCGAAGGCGAAGGAAAAGAAGUAA